ACAAGUUUUCAAAUCUGUGUAGUUUUAGUUAAAAAAGCCAUAGAGUGAAGAAUGUAAAACUGUGGGACGAUAUAUAUAUGUUACAAAAUAUAUAAUAAAUAUAUAUAAUAUGUAUAUUUAAAAAUACAAAGUACUCGAGGUAAAUAAAGUGAAAGUUAAAUAAAAUGUCAACUUUGUUGGAAAAAAAAAAGUUUACUAAUUAACCCUACGAAUAAUAAGUAAAUAAUUAUAAUAUAAAUAAUAAUUAUUGGGUUGAUAAACAAAUGAUAAUUUACUUGUUGAAUCAUAAAUUGCACCGAGUGGUUAUCAAAAUUAUUUUCCAAGAUUGUCAUUAGACCAGAAGUUUUAAUUUUUAUAAAAAGUUUAUAUUUUGUAAUUAUUAUUAAUAAUAAUAAUUGUUGCUUGUGUUCCAGUGAUAAAUGCUAUUGAUUAAAGAUAUAUAUUUAAAUAUAUUUGGUUAUAUUUAUGAUUUGUUAAUUAAGACACUUGUUAAAUAAAUAAAUAAGAUGCCUAGUGAUGAGGUUAUUUGUUUAUCAUCAGAUGAUGAAGAAGAUUCGCCAAUGAAGAAUUUAGUCGACUGCGACUCAUCACCAACCAAAAUUCAAUUAACGCCAUCGGUGCAACUGAUAAAACGUGAAAACUCAGUAACGAAACGUAAGAUAUCACUCGGAGACGAGAUAACGUUGAAGAAACUUAAAGUUGAUUCAACGGAAACGUGGAUUGAAACUGCAAAGACUAAAAAUAAUGACCAUUUAAGUACAAAUUCAACUGGUAUAGUUGAUAGUUCAAGUAAAUCAAAUUUCAAAAAUAAUAGUAUCAGGAAUUCGACUGAUAAAAAUGAUAGUACUAGUGUCGCAUCAACUUCAAAUGGUCAUAAAUAUGUAAAGCCAUUGAAAGUGACGACAAGUGAAGAGAAUUCUGGGGAUAUUAAAAAACCGAUGCUUGUUGUCAAGACAAAGCAGCCAGUCAAUGUCGAAAAUGGACAUGAAAAUGUAUUUUUAAUGUUUAUAGGCCAGUGCUUGUCACGGGAACGCACCUCAGACAUGGAAAAAGUUGUAGAAAAAUUAAAGAGGAAGUACGAGCAACUAGACACUGCCUAUGCAAACUCAGAGGCAUUUGCUGAUUUGUUGAACGAGAAACGUCAUCUUCUGGAGCUGGAAAAAGGCGCGCUCUAUAUGCAUAUCAAAGACGUCCUGGAUGAGAUGAAGAUCAGAAAAGCUGGUCGUAAAUCAGCGGUAUGCAAAUCAGAACCAGAUGGUACUGAUGCUGAUACUGAGGAAGCUGAUGUGACUGUCGACGGAAUGGACGAAAAGGAACGCGAGCAGUUCCGGAAACAAGAGAUGAAGAUUAAGAGACUGGAGAAGACUAUGGAACUUGUCCAGAAACGGAUUAAAAAGUAUGAAGCCGAGGAAGUUGAUUGGAAUGACGAGGACGACUCGAUGUACAUGAAACUAGAGAGGUACAAAAAGCGCAUGGUAGAGCUGUACAACGCGUGGUGUAAGUUGACUGCCAACCACGAGGACGCUGGGAGAUCGUACCUGCGUCCAAAGCAUGUAAAACUUACUGGUAUUGUUACUGUCGAUCAAGCGAUAAACAGUUUUGUAAACUCGAGACUUAAAAAACGAAGUUCUCUUUCGAAUCAGGCGGGCAAAGAUGACUUUUUCCCUGACUAUGUUGACAUUUUAAAUUUAAUUCACACGCACAAUGUCAAUCAUAAUUUGGGAAUGAAUAAAAUAAAAGAAAGUGCUGCAGCUAAAAGCGCGUUCGUAAAAUUGGGUGAGUAUUUAAAAAGUGAACGACAGCAAGAUUUUUACGAUACAUUUUCAAUGUGGUAUGAAAAUGACGAGGAUCCGGCACAGAAGGAUCCGGAGUUGCUGUCGAAAUUACAAGAAAAUCGUGAGCAUGGUGAGAAAAAAUUAAAUGAAGUUUUCGAUGAAUACACGAGGAAGCAGGAGGAGUUGAACGCCAGUGGUAAGUUGGAAGAAGUUAAAGGAACUGAUGAGGAGGAUGAGGAUGAGGAUGACGAGGAAGAUGAAGAGAAAGAUGAGGGAGAUGAUGAAAGAGAUGUCAGUGAUGCUGAAGUUGUUGACUUGGAAAGUGAUAAUUCUGCAGCUGAAGAUGCGGACGCUGAUAAAGAAAAUGGUGAUAAAAAUACUAAGAAUGGUAUAGAUAAGAGUAGUGAUAAGGUAGCGGAAGAACCGGAAAUAGUAGAAACUGCAGAAACAAUUUGGCUGGAAUCGAAGGCAGAUAAAGUUUUAUCUUGUGGUUCUGAGAAAAUUAAAAAAAAUUUACCGAGUACUUCAAAACAGUCAGCAUCGACUUCGACUUCGUUUAAUAAUUCUGAUAAUAAAGGUUAUAAAUCAAAAGUGGAUAAUACUGAUGACGACGCACAUGAGGACUGCGAUGACAAAGCUGAUGGAAAACCCGUCCUGAAGUUAAGGUCAUUUGCUAAACCGCCAGAAUUCUGGGCUAACUCCCAAGAGAUUGCGGAGUCUGACUCGGACGAAGAACCGGCACCAGGAGUUCAAGUCGGAAAUGAUUCAUCGAUUGAAGUUAUUCACAUCGAUAUAUCGGGCGAUAAAUCACCGAAGGCUGCGAAGACUGUCGCGCCUAACCAGAGGGUUCAGCCGACACCAGUCAACACGACCAAAAAAAAAGUUUUUACAAGGAUGGUUCCAGUUUCCUCUAGUAGAUUGUGCCGACUGAGUACCGGCGAUCCUGUUCUGAAGAGCCCAAUGGCCACGUCGACGCCAAAUCCAAAUUUAAAUUCCAAUUCUAAUCCAAAUCGACAUCCGCGGGCUGGUGACUCGACUCCGAAACGUCCAGUAGGAGCGUCGAUGCCAAAUCGUCCUAUUCAAGCUUCAAACACUGCCAGUCCCGCUGGAUCCGGAGCUGGACCCCAGCGCAAGGAGUUAAAGCAUGUGACUUUUAUUAGAAAUAACAAUCAAAAUAAUGUACCAGUCGGACAGCCAACUGAGCAAACUGCGACGAGUAGUUCAGUGACUAAUGGACGCGUCGCUCCGACUGUUGCCAGCUUGCAAACCUUUAGGAAAACUGACGUUAAAAAGUUACAACUUGCUAAUUCUAAAAACAUUUUUAAUAAUGAUUCUAAUUCUAAUUAUAAUUUAAAUGGUAUUAGAUGUAAUAGCAAUAGCACUAGUUAUAAUAAUAGUAAUAAUCAGAGGAACAAUGUUGGUAAUAAAAGUGGGCAGAGACAAGUUAUAAAUCCUAUGGCUACCCGAAAAAUUGUUGAUCGUCCAAUCAACAGAACUGAUGUCAAUGUGAAUAAUUUAAAUAGACUAACACCUCGAAAUGGACAUAUGUCUUGAUAACUUAAAUAAUUAUUAUAAGUAAUUAAUAGGAAAUGUGUUGAUUACUUUACUUUUUGUUUGUUUGUUUGUUUUUGUUCAUU